UUACUGUGUGCAGAAGGGGUCGAAUUUUGUCAUGUAUUUAUGUUAUUAUUUUUUUAAUGAAAAUAUAAGAUUUUAAAAGUUUAUAUACUUGUUUAUUCAAUUAAAAAUAUAUGUAAUAUUUUUACUAUAAGUGUCGAUAGAAUAAGUGUUAAAAAUGCAUAGGCGUAGAGGUCCGAAUUUUACUUAUGUCAGCGGAUGUGUGAAAUAUAUGAUUUUUGUUUUGAAUUUCGUAUUUUGGUUAUUCGGAGGACUUAUGAUAGCUAUAGGACUUUAUGCAUUUAUCGAUAAAUGGCAGGCAACCGGACUAAUAAAGUUGGACACAAUUUACGAUUUAAUGUUGAACAUAAGUCUUCUGAUCGCGUUGCUCGGUGGCGUCGUCUUCAUUGUCAGCUUUGCUGGAUGCGUUGGUGCUCUGCGCGAGAAUACAUGCCUGUUGAAGUUUUACUCUCUAUGCCUGCUGAUACUGUUCCUGGUGGAGAUGGGCGGUGCGGUGUGCGGCUUCGUGUUCCCGCGCAGCUUGAACGGUCUGCUGGAGCUCAGCUUCACGGAGCGAGUUGUGCACGCGUACAGAGAUGAUCCAGAUUUACAGAACUUUAUUGACUUUGCGCAGAGUGAUUUUCAUUGCUGUGGUCUGACAUCUGACGGCUAUAUGGAUUGGUCAAAGAACGAAUAUUUCAACUGCUCGUCCCCAUCAGUGGAGCGCUGUGGUGUACCUUUCUCCUGCUGCAUCAACGCCACUGACAUAUCCUCAGGACUGGUCAACAUCAUGUGCGGCUACGGAGUGCAGAAUUCACCUGUAGCGGAGGCAAGCAAGCGCGUGUGGACGAGCGGCUGCAUUGAGAUUGUCCGGCUGUGGGCUGAGCGCAAUCUAUACAUGAUCGCGUCCGCUGCGCUCGGUGGUGCACUCUCACAGCUCUUCGUCAUCUACCUCGCCAAGACGCUCGAGGGACAGAUUGAGUUGCAGAAAGCUAGAUGGCAAACAUGAAAUAGGGGUUAUGCGGGAGCGUACCGGGACGAGUCGAGGCGAGCCUUGCUGUAGCCCCUCCCGCCUUCGGGCACCGCUACCCUGCAUCUCUAGGGCCUACGGACCUCAUACAAUAGUGAACCAUAGACAAGCAUCAGUGAUCAGUGAUAAAGCUAUAAAUACUCGACAGGUCAAAUUACCUGUCAAAUUUGUGUUUAUUCUGUGCUACGUUUAUAGAUAAGUUAUAAAUUGUGUGAGCUACAAACAGUGCCCAUAAUAUAGUGAUCAGUGAAGCCAUAUUGUUGAAUAUUUUGACAUGUGUCAUUGUCAAAUAUGAUGUUGACAGCUGUCAAAGUUUGUCUAUUCCAUGCUUAGUGAUUGUGCUACUUAUAAGAAGGUGAGUUUUUAAUAUAAGAUUUCUAGUCUAAUUAGUUUCAUUAUAAUAACAUAAUUGAUAUAUUUUUUAUGUACAAAAAAAAAUUAAAAACUUUUUAUCAUAUUAUUUCAACAAGCAAUGUUGCCAUGAUACAGUGAAAUUAAUCAUAGAUAUAUUAUUAUCUCACAAUACUUUUUGAUAACUUUUUCUCAUUUAUUCUAGAUAAUUUUCAUUCAGUUUUAUUAUGCUAAAUAAUUUAGUUUUCUUUCUAUUACAAUGAUCUUCCACUGCCAAGAUAAAUAUAUUAAUAUUAAGAUUUUUUUUUCAAAGAUAUAAAAAAAUAUGUUUUAAUAUAAAUCCACAAUGCAAACAAAUAUUUAAAGAAUAUUAAUAAUUAAAAAAUAUAUUUAACUGUGUGCUCCGACUACACUAGACACAUAUUGUCAUCCCUUUUAUUCUCAUUGAUAAAAGCGAGACAACAAUAUGUAUAUGUUGUUCCCUGCAAAGUAACCAAGUAUAAAUUUGACACAGUCAAACCUGGAUAAGCAAGAAACCUCUAUAAAUGAGAGUCAUUGAUCGGUCUUGAUAGACAAUCUCCAUAGCCUUGGGUUAGAGAGCAAGAGAACCUCUAUAAGCGAGAAAAUUAUGUUCCCUUGGCAUUGCUUAUCCAAUUUCAAUUCUAUACAGUGUAAUUUUAAAUUUAUUUUUAACUAAAUGUGUUUUUAACUUUUUUUUAUUUGUAUUGUGGUA